AUGCACAAGCUUUACAUUGGGAAUCUAAGCGACAGCGUGACUGCCGAGGACUUGGGGAAAACCUUCGACGAGCACAAGAUCCCGUACUCCGGACAGUUCCUCAUGAAGACCGGCUACGCGUUUGUGGACUGUCCGGACGACCAGUGGGCGAUGAAGGCGAUCGAGACGUUUUCUGGUAAAGUGGAGCUCCAAGGGAAACGUAUUGAGGUGGAGCACUCCGUCCCCAAGAAGCUCAGGACCAGGAAACUUCAGAUCCGAAACAUCCCCCCUCACCUGCAGUGGGAGGUGCUGGAUGGUCUGUUGGCUCAGUGUGGGACCGUAGAGAACUGUGAACAAGUGAACACAGAGAGUGAGACGGCAGUGGUUAAUGUCACAUACGCGUCGCGGGAGCACGCCAGGCAAGCCAUCCAGAAGCUGAAUGGAUACCAGUUUGAGAACAACGCCCUGCGCGUCUCCUACAUCCCCGACGAGAACUCUGAGAUGGACGGAGACCAGCGUGGGCCCGAUAAUGGCCGGCGCGGCUACGGGCCCCGGGGCGAGCGUCGCAGCGGGUCCCCGAGCUCGGGGAUGCUCCACAAACCUCCGCAUGCCGACAUCCCUCUGAGGCUGCUGGUGCCCACGCAGUACGUCGGCGCCAUCAUCGGCAAGGAGGGGGCCACCAUCCGCAACAUCACCAAGCAGACACAGAGCAAGAUUGACGUGCAUCGCAAGGAGAAUGCGGGCGCAGCUGAGAAGCCGAUCAGCAUCCACUCCACCCCCGACGGCUGCUCCGCCGCCUGCCGCAUGAUCCUGGACAUCAUGCACCAGGAGGCCAAAGACACCAAGACUGCUGACGAGGUUCCUCUCAAGAUUCUGGCUCACAACAACUUUGUGGGACGCCUGAUCGGGAAGGAGGGCCGCAACCUGAAGAAAGUGGAGCAGGACACAGACACCAAGAUCACCAUCUCCCCCCUGCAGGAUCUGACUCUGUACAACCCGGAGCGCACCAUCACGGUGAAGGGGAUGAUCGAGGCCUGCAACAAUGCGCAGGUGGAGGUGAUGAAGAAGGUCAGGGAGGCCUACGAGAACGACAUCGCUGCUAUGAAUCAACAGACCCACCUGAUCCCGGGUCUCAACCUCGGUGCUCUGGGCCUCUUCCCCUCCUCCUCCAACAUGCCGCCACCCCCGCCUGGAAACGCCUCCGGCAGUGCCCCCUACGGCUGCUUCGGGGCUCCAGAGCAGGAGACGGUCCACGUGUACAUCCCAGCUCAGGCAGUGGGAGCCAUCAUCGGGAAGAAAGGACAGCACAUCAAACAGCUGAGCCGCUUCGCUGGAGCCUCCAUCAAGAUCGCCCCGGCUGAGGCUCCUGAUUCUAAAAUGAGGAUGGUGAUAGUGACCGGACCCCCAGAGGCUCAGUUCAAGGCCCAGGGCAGGAUCUAUGGCAAACUGAAGGAGGAGAACUUCUUUGGGCCCAAGGAGGAGGUCAAAUUGGAGACUCAUAUCAAGAUGGCCGCCGCUGCUGCAGGACGGGUCAUUGGAAAGGGAGGCAAGACGGUGAACGAGCUGCAGAACCUGACAGCAGCGGAGGUGGUCGUCCCCAGGGAACAGACUCCUGAUGAGAACGACCAGGUCAUCGUCAAGAUCAACGGACAUUUCUACGCCAGCCAGCUGGCUCAGAGGAAGAUUCGAGACAUCCUGACUCAGGUCAAACAGCCGCAGAAAGGGAGGGGUGACAGGGGUCCCGGCCCCAACCCCCAGGGCUUCACAGAGAUGGGCAGCCCCACGCAGGGACUGUCUCAGGAGAGCCAGCCGCGCAGGAAGUGA